CACCGGUUCCUUUCCAAACUUCCGUUCACAGUUCAUAUAAAUAGCUAAAUUUUAACUACAGGUAUGGCAACUCAAAACAUUGAACUCUGAUGUGCAAUGGACCGAUAUAUAUCGGACACCGAUGACCAAGAACAACCGUUGUUGCUCAGUCAACAAGAUGAUAAAGUCGAAAGAGCCCCUGCGUGCUGCUCUUCGAGGUACGGUCUGUCCCUGCUCUCCUGUUAUGGUUUCUUUGUGGCCUAUGCCCUCAGGGUAAACCUCAGCGUUGCCAUGGUGGACAUGCUUAACAACACAGACGCCAGCGGCAACACCAGCAAAUCAGUAUGUCCUGCACACUCCAGCCCUGCUCGCCCCACAUACAACCACACUGCCAGUGUGUAUGACUGGGACUCUGAGACCCAAGGCUGGAUCCUGGGCUCCUUCUUCUACGGCUACAUCCUGACUCAGAUCCCAGGGGGCUACCUGGCAAGCAAGUAUGGGGCCAAAUGGCUACUGGGCCUAGGAAUCCUGGGAACUGUGGUUUUCACCCUCCUCACCCCCAUGGCUGCCGACCUGGGUGCAGGCUACCUUAUCGCUGUCAGAGUAUUGGAGGGUAUCGGAGAGGGAGUGACGUUUCCAGCCAUGCACGCCAUGUGGGCAUUUUGGGCCCCGCCAAUGGAGAGGAGCCGAUUGCUCACCAUCGCUUACACUGGUGCUCAGCUGGGUACAGUGGUCGCCCUUCCCCUGUCUGCUCAGAUCUGCUUUUACCUUGACUGGACCUGGGUCUUCUAUAUCUUUGGCAUUGUGGGAUUUGUGUGGUUCAUCCUGUGGGCGCUCCUUGUCAGUAACACUCCCAGCACACACCCGCGGAUCACAGAACAGGAGCGACUCUACAUCACUUCCUCCCUGAAGAAGGAGCUCACUUCGUCGGGUGACCACAUCCCCUGGGGGGCCAUCUUUACGUCCAUGCCGCUGUGGGCCAUAGUAGUGGCUCACUUCUCUUACAACUGGACAUUCUACACGCUACUCACUUUGCUGCCCACAUACAUGAGUGAUGUAUUGGGCUUCAGCAUCAAAGAGAACGGUGCCCUGUCGGCUCUGCCCUACAUUGGCUGUGGGCUGCUGGCCGUGCUGGGAGGCCAGCUGGCUGACUACCUGAGGGAGAACUGCUUCUACCGGACUGUGGUUGUCAGGAAGGCCUUCAGUCUCGUAGGUAUGAUUGGGCCGGCAGUGUUUAUCGUGGCUGCUGGGCAUACAGGCUGUAACUACAUCCUGGCAGUAGCCUUCCUUUCCAUCUCUUCCUCCCUGGGAGGAAUCGUUGCCUCCGGCUUCAACAUCAACCAUCUCGACAUCGCCCCAUCUUAUGCUGGAAUUUUGUUGGGAAUCACCAACUCCUUUGCCACAAUACCUGGUAUGGUGGGACCAGUCAUAGCAAGAGCCUUGACCAAAAAUAACACUAUAGAGGAGUGGCAGACCGUGUUCUACAUCUCUGCUGGGAUCAACGUGUUUGGAGCAGUUUUCUACACUGUGUUUGGUCAAGGCGUGGUGCAACCCUGGGCUGUCCACAAUCCCCAUUCCCAUGGCAACUGAGGGGGACAAAGGUGGACCCCCUGUGGACCAAAAUGUACUCACAGCCAUGGGACCGUUUCAACCAAGCUAUUCUACACAACCCUAGUGGGGAAAUAGCCUUCUAAAGUAACCUUUAAUAUUUUAACGUUUUUAGUUUUGGUAAUUGGACCCAAUAAUGGGUAUAAGUGCAUUUUUUAAAAUCAAUUCAUAUUUUACUCUUUGUGUAGGCUCUUGUGAUAUGAUAACCUCUUUUAGUGUUUUACUUUGUUUACAGUUAAGAGUUAGCUUGUUUUUAAAUUCCGUUACAUUUCAAGUCUUAAAUGAACAGACAAGUAGCAUUUCCACUCUGUCAUUUGUUGCUCCUCUGUUAGAUGCUCAGGAGGGGAAAAAAGCCAUACAAAAACCUUAAUUUAUAUGUAGCAGAGUUAUUGCCAACUGAAAGAGCACAGUCACCCAGGAUAGAAUACAUGUGGGUUUCUACUUUUUUUGGCCUUCCGCUUGUGCCUAAAGUAUAGAACUAUGAUCAUCAAUCCAGUAUAUUUAAUCUAAUCAAUACAUGUGACAGAAUACUGAUAAACAGCAGUAUUCCCUGUGUAAAUUUGUCUACCAUCCAAAUCUGUCUUUAAUUUAUUAUUUUUACUGAUCAGUUAUGUUUACUUGCUGGACCAACUACAAUGACUGAGUUAAAGGGAUUAUCUAUGUGAUUUAUUUUUAAUGACUACAUUUCAGAGGAUGGAGAGCUGUUUUACACACUACUUACAAUGUUAAUCAUGGCAUACUGCCAAUUUGGUUGCUUUAUGUGAGGGUGAUAUUUAUUGCGCAGGCUUUGUUUCCCCCACCUAAAGGAACAGACUUAUGUUUGAGACCUCUAAUGGUCCGUUUCUCAAAUUGCCAUUUCAUCGUUGUGUUAGUUACAUACUGUCUCUGUAUAAGCUUUGUACACAAGGCAGCGUUUAGACGUUCUGAUCUAUUUUCCAUUAACUGGUCUUUUGACCAAUCAGAUCUUUUCCCAUCUGUCAAAUCAGAAUUGAGCUGCCUGUUACUGCUUGCAACAAUGUAACUGGAAAUCAAAAGGGCAUGCCUGUACUACAAAUAUUUAGUUAUGGCAUCCCUUGGCAAACCCAACUACCAAACCAUCUGGGCUCCUGAAAAACUGAUCUCAAUAUAAAUAACUUUUGGAAAGCUAAUUUUGAGCUAGCCAUGAAAAGAGAACCCUUUAACUGGAAAAGAAUAUUGAAAACCAAUUGAGUCAGCUGACGGGUACAUAUUUUAUAAACCUAAAUUGAAAUGGAUAAUGUACCUGUAAACCCAUCAACAAAAAAUAAACUGGUAAUAAAUUGAACUGUCUAAACGCAGCCACAGUAAUCACAUUAUCUUAAAUGUGGAUAUUGGCAUAUUUGAUGCUUGAUCUUUUAAGAGGUCAAAUGAGGAACCGCACAUUUCAGUCAAUGACCGAUGUAAGUCUAAUAAAGCAUUUCAAGGAAAUCAUAUUGAA